CAGCUGCAGAUGCCGGCUGCUCUCUCCAAGAGUGCACGGUUUCACCGGCUGCCUUCACUGACGAUGCACAAGAUGCCAUCGCGCUAUAAAGCUUAAUGCAGUUAUCUCAUGGCUCUUCUGGAUACACCUCUCUAAUCUUUGGAGCCAGAUGUAGGAUAUGACAUUUUCUUGGCUGCUAAAGUAAUUUGUGACAGGCUGUGCCUGCUUGCAUUCUUGCAAUAUUAUUUCUCCUUUCGGCGCUCUGUGAGCCUCACAACAUGUUUAAGUUAUGCAUUGUCAUCGUUAUGUGCUGUGCGUUUUCUCCAUGGUGCUCUGCAGCGCCAAAGACCUGGGGUGAAGAUCCCAGGUCAGAAUUUGAGACCAAGGCAGAGCAAAGGGUCAGGCUGCAGGAGGAGAUACAAGGUCAGGAGAGCAUCCUCUCUAAGCUGCUGGGUGAUUAUGACAAAGUGAAAGCCCUCUCGGAAGGCUCUGACUGUCGGUGUAAAUGUGUUGUCAGACCCCUGAGCAGGAGCGCUUGCCGGCGGAUAGAAGAAGGCAGCGCCACGGCGCAGGACUUCUACACUGUGGAGACUAUCACAUCUGGACCAGAGUGCAAGUGUGCCUGCAUCGCUCCUCCGUCAGCAGUCAACCCAUGUGAGGGAGAGUUCAGGCUGAAAAGACUUAGAGAAGCUGGAAAAGAGAAUGUCAAGCUUUCCACCAUCCUCGAGCUGCUGGAGGGCUCCUUCUAUGGCAUGGAUCUACUAAAGUUGCACUCGGUUACCAAUAAGCUGCUGGAUCGCAUGGACACCAUGGAGAAGGCAGUGUCUCUGAACUACAGCACGGAUGAGGUGAAGAACCAGGAGAAUCCUUCCAUCCAGGCUGAUGCCACUGAACGCCUGCCGACUCUUCCUCCGCAGGACCACAACAGACUCAGUGAGGUCAGCGAGGCCGCAGCAUAUCCAGACCCACAUGAGAAGUAUGAGGAGACGUUUAUUGGGGGAAAUCCUUCCUUCCUACAGACAGAUGGUUCCGUUCAGAUCAUUGAGGUCAAACCUCAGGUGACCAUCAAACAUGUGGCUAACAAGGAGGACUCUCAGGUGUCGAAGACCAACGGAAUGAUCAUCAGAGGAAUGACUUUUUAUAAAUCUGAGCCAGAUCCGAUGGUGGCGGACGACGGGGAGCCUGGAGAGAACUUUUUUGAGUACCACGGGUUCAGUGGCGAUGGCCCAGUUAACCUCUUCAUUGAGGAGAAUCUUCUACAGCACAGAGCGCCGCGGCCCAAGACGAGAGCGGGAUCCAGAUCGUUUCUACCGAAGACAACAGGUCCUCUGCAAGGUUCCACGGAGACCAGCCGAGAACCUGAGCCCUCCUCAACAAUUCACAAUGAGUUCAUCCGUGCCGGUGGAACCACAUCACUGGAUGCGUCUACGGAUGUACGGAGUCACAAAUUUACAACGAGAAGCGCCACGUUUGGACCGACCACUACCACACAGAAAAACAGGACCACAGACACUGCACCUCAAACUACUCAAAGAGUCAAGUCUGGAAUCACUCAGUGGCCGAUCCCUUUCACUGCCAAGGACUCAAACCAAACUGCAAUGAACACAACACGACCUUCGGAAGAUGCAGCUGCAAAGGAAGUCCUGCCAGCGUUCACGACAAGAAAUAUAGUAACCACCACGAUCGAAGCCUCGACCCUGGAGGAGAAAGUCCAAAUGCGAACCACACCUUCAAGCACACUUGCACCAAACCCGGCCACAGAGGCUUCAACUACCAGCCCCACUUCCACUAUGACCAUUACAACCCAUGCUGCCCCGACCUCAGCACCACUACACAUCACAACAGCUUCUACGCCGGCUGCGAUCAUAACACCAGAAGAAGAAACUCAAUCCACCUACUUUUCGGACACUUCUCUGCCUUUCACCACACCUGUGACUACUUCUUCUUCAGCCGCCGCAGCCACAACCAUCACCCCCACCACGACCACGACCACCACCCCCACCACGACCACGACCACCACCCCCACCACCACGACCACGACCAGGCAGGAUUCUCAAGUCAAACAGAAAUACAAAAUCAGCUGGGAUGAGGAGGGAGGAGAGACGCCAGAAUCAGACGAGCCGAUGCAAAGGCAGCAAGAAUCUCCCUCAAGAAAACCUGGGGAGUGUAAGGACACUCUGGCAGAGAUCUCAGAGCCAGUAACUCACAACGUGUAUGGCAGGAAUGAAGGCGCGUGGAUGAAGGAUCCAAAGUCUGAUAAUGACAAGAUUUAUGUCACGAACUUCUACUACGGAAAUAACCUCCUGGAGUUCCGCAACAUGGAGGUUUUCAAAAAAGGCCGCUUCACCAACUCGUACAAGCUUCCCUACAACUGGAUCGGCACAGGCCACGUGGUCUACGACGGGGCUUUCUACUACAACCGCGCCCUCUCCCGAGACAUCAUCAAGUUUGACCUGCGUGCGCGUUACGUGGCCGCCUGGACCAUGCUGCACGACGCUCUGGUGGAAGAGUCGUCGUCCCUGGGGGAGUGGCGCGGUCACUCGGAAGUCGACUUCGCCGUGGACGAGAGCGGCCUGUGGAUCAUCUACCCGGCACUGGACGAUGAGGGCUUCUUACAGGAAGUGAUUGUUCUGAGUCGACUGAACCCGUUGGACCUCAGCAUGCAGAGGGAGACCACCUGGAGGACCGGGCUCAGGAGAAACCACUACGGCAACUGCUUCAUCGUGUGCGGCGUCCUGUACGCUGUUGACAGCUACAGUCUGAGGGACGCCAAACUUGAAUACGCCUUCGACACCCACACGAACACUCAGAUGACUCCCAGAAUGCCCUUCACCAACAACUACACCUACACCACGCAGAUUGACUACAAUCCCAAAGAAGGUGUUUUGUAUGCGUGGGACGACGGACACCAAGUCACAUACAACAUUAAGUUUGCCUAUGUGGACCCUUAGUAGUUUAAAAAGAAGUUAAUUCUAUGGUUUGGAUUGUAGAUCAGUCCACAUGGCCUUCAGUACGGAGACAAAUGGGGGCCAAAUGUACAAAAAUACUUAAAUAUAUUGUGAGGAAAUUGUUUAGUUGUUUAAUUGUUUGUACCUGAAAUAAAAUAAAUGAUCCUGAUUCUUCUCCAGUCCACAGAUCACGUUGGACUGUAUAUAUAUUGCAAUAUUGUAAAAAAAAAAAAAGCCCAAUGGAAAGAAAUGAAUGUAGAAAGGCGUCAAAACCAGUUCAGGUCUCGUGUCAAAUAACUCUUUAUCAAUUCACACUAAAGAACCAAUUCAUAGAAGCAUACUCUUAAUAAAUCCCCAUUUCAUGUUUCUCUUUUAUACACAUUAUUUUGUAUUAUAUUUUUCUUUGCAUCAUGUGCCACAGGUUGACCUUUUGUCUUGUGAAAGCACUUGUUCCCUCCUUAUCAGACUGUUUUAAAAAGGAGACUGCAAUAAAGUUUGGAAAUACUAACAGAA